CGUAGCUGUGUGGCCGCCAUUGGGCUGUCAGUCUGGCGUGCGCUACGGGAGGCUGAGGCCAGGGUUGGAAACAUGGAAUUCCAAGCAGUGGUGAUGGCUGCAGGAGUGGGAUCCCGAAUGACAGACUUGACUUCCAGUGUUCCCAAACCCCUGCUCCCUGUUGGCAAUAAACCUUUGAUCUGGUACCCACUGAACCUGCUGGAGCGCGUUGGAUUUGAAGAGGUAAUUGUGGUGACAUCCAAAGAUGUGCAGAAGUGUUUGCCGUAUACAGACUUCAAGAUGAAACUUGACGUGGUGUGUAUUACCGAUGACACUGACAUGGGGACUGCUGACUCCUUACGACACAUUUCUCAGAAAAUUAAGACAGAUGUGUUGGUGCUGAGCUGUGAUUUGAUAACAGAUGUCGCUCUCCAUGAGGUUGUAGACUUGUUCCGAGCACACGAUGCUUCCCUUUCUAUGUUGAUGAAGAAAGGCCAAGAAUUCAUAGAACCAGUCCCAGGACAGAAAGGGAAAAAAAAACCAGUGGAGCAGAGGGACUUCAUUGGUGUGGACCGCACUGGAAAGAGGCUGCUCUUCAUGGCUAAUGAGGCCGACUUGGAUGAAGAGCUUGUCAUCAAGGCAUCUAUCCUGCAGAGGCAUCCUAGAAUACAUUUCCAAACAGGUCUUGUGGAUGCCCAUCUCUACUGCCUGAAGAAGUAUGUUGUAGAUUUCCUGGUUGAAAACAAGUCAAUCACAUCCAUCCGGAGUGAGCUGAUUCCAUACCUAGUCAGGAAACAGUUCUCCUCACCUUCCUCACUACAGGGACGAAUUGAAAAAGAACGGACCCCAGAGAAGAAAGACCAGAAGUCCAUAGAUAUUUACAGCUUCAUCAAGGACAGUGACCUGUUGACUGUAGAACCCCACAAUACGUGUUGGAAAGACUGUCAAGGAAAUGGGCAGGAAGUCUGUGCUGGAGGCCGAGUCAGCUGCUACGUCCAUGUCAUGAAGGGAGGGGUCUGCUUGAGAGUGAACACCCUGGGGCUAUACAUUGAGGCUAACAAGCAGAUCCCCAAAUUGCUGCCUGUUCUCUGCCCAGAGGAAACCUUGCUUCACUCAUCUGCACAGAUCUCUGAUCAAGCCAUGGUUGGGACAGACAGCAUCAUCGGCCCAUCUGUGCAGGUGGGUGAGAAGGCCUCCAUUAAACACUCCAUUGUUGGAUCCAGCUGUCUUGUAAGAGAGAGAGUGAAAAUCACCAAUUCUCUACUCAUGAACUCUGUCACCAUUGAGGAAGGAUGCAGCAUCCAAGGCAGUGUGAUCUGUAACAACGCCAUCAUCGAGAAAGGGGCAGACAUCAAGGAUUGCCUAGUUGGGAGUGGUCAGCGGAUAGAAGCCAAAGCCAAGAGAGUGAAUGAGGUGAUCGUGGGGAAUGACCAGCUCAUGGAGAUCUGAGGUUGUCAGUGUCUGCAUCCCUCCUCCGAAGUCUUUCAGGACCUGGCUGAGGCCCAGCCUUUGCCAAGCACAACCACUUCCCUGUCUGGCUCCAUUUGUAUUGAUCUCCCAAUAAAGACGAGUCUCCAGUGGGCUCCAUAGACUUC